AUGCUCUACACUGUAAUCAAUCUCUUAGCGUGAGUUUUUGGUGUCCUGGAAAAAAACGUGUUUGGAAAAGAAGGUUUUGUGUGAAAAAUGUGCAUUUCUAGACAAAUCUACUGCAAUGGUCCGAUUCUACAGACGGUGCAAGACUCGCACAUGUUUCCCGACUCGAAACAUUUCGUCGACAUGUCGCUCAAAUAUGAUCCAGGUUGGAGAAAUGAACAGAUUUGCAAAAAAUCCUUUUUUGCUAUCAAAAGAGGAGACGCAUCCAUCAACCGCUCAUCUUUAUGGCCUUCGCGAGAGCGAAACCGGUUGUCGCACUUUGAAAAUCGCAUGAUUUUUGGAUUUUCCCCACACUCUUUGUGCUGGAUUGUUCCGGAAAAAUAGAAAUUUCGGUGCGUCGUGGAGUCAGCUGACAUGAGCUCAGAGAGCUCGAGGUCACCGCUGAAAAGUCAAAAAUCACACGAAAAAUUCGUUUUUUUUAACCAAAACUUCUACUCUGAAGUCACCCGAUUUGAAGAGAGAGAGAUCAUACCAUAAAAGUCUCAUAAACUUUUUUUUCGCUGAUAUGAUGGAAAGAGGAACGUCGUCUUUAGUCGGUAGUCAGACUAAUUGAAAAAGAAAAAGACGACGAUAAUUGAAUUACACUGUAAUUCGGCGCCAUGUGACUUCAAAAUACACAUACGGGGGCACAAACUUUUGAAGAAAAUACACACUUCCUCGUCUCAUGUCUUAGAAAGUCUAGCCUAGAAAUUUCAGCACAAAUGGAGCAUCUUGUCUGGAGAAAUAGUGGUUUUACGAAAUUUUGAGAGAUUUUUGAUUCAUCGGUGCUUGUGUACUCAAGCCAAUACCCAGUGUAUAGAAUCAGUUGAAAAUCUCUCAGUUUUCGCAAAAACCUCUAUAUCUUCAGAUCAGAUGAUAGAAUCGUGCUGAAACGUUCAUGUUAGAUACCACCGAUAAUAGUGCAAAGUCAUUUUUCAGUAACAACACUGCGUCACUUUGACGAGCUCGGCGAUCGAACGUCCGAUCUGAUAAUCCUUCGGGAAUUCGUCACUUCGCACUUCAAUCCGCCGGGAACGGAACUCGUCGAGUGGUUCCCCACCGAUUGGGUCGAUUUCCCGUCGAACUUUCUGAAUAUUCACGAUUACCAUCAUCGUCGGUGGGCGCUCCAUUUGCAUCGCAUCUGGAAGGAUUUGUGCCGGAAGGUGCGCGACGACGUCAAACACCGUCAGGAUCACUAUUCGCUGCUCUACGUGCCGCAUCCGUUUAUCAUUCCGGGCGGUCGCUUCCGCGAAUUCUAUUAUUGGUUUGUCGUCGACGUCUUCUGAAGUAUCAUUAUCAUUAACAUGUUCAGGGACACAUUCUGGAUACUCAAAGGUCUUUUGUUCUCGGAAAUGUACGAGACCGCCCGUGGCGUCAUCAAUAAUCUCGGCUACAUGGUUGAUAAGUUCGUGUUUCGAAAAUUUUGAACUCAAAAACAAGAGGAUUUCCUCCUCUCCUUAUCACUUUUCCAAUUUGAUAAGCCUCCCUCGGGGUCACUUGAUUGAUGGCCGCAAACACGGGCCAGUCAUGUGAUUUCGGACGGAAAAAUGCGUUGGACAACAAGAAGAAUGUUCGUUUUUUUUUCUGGGUUUUCUGAUUCGAUUAGGGUGUGGUACUGGUCCAGUAGGUACUCAUUGUCCUCGGUGCAAAUGGGAUCAGACAUCAACACGAACUAUUUGUCCUUGAAUUGGAUUUCUGAUAAGUGAGCCGUCGAAGCACAAAAAUUUGCCGUAAACAAGAUGCGUGUGUCUUAUCGAUGAAAAUAGAUUUGUCGAUAAAACUUUCGAAAAAACUUUAAAAACACUUUAUCGACAAGAAAAACAUCGAUAAAGCACACAAAGCAAUAGAAAUAGAAGUAAAAAUGUGGAUUUGCAGCCACGGAUUCGUUCCGAACGGAGGUCGCGUCUACUAUCUGACGCGUUCGCAACCGCCGCUUCUGAUUCCGAUGGUCUACGAGUAUUACAUGUCGACGGGAGACCUCGAAUUCGUGAUGCAAAUCCUGCCGACGCUGGAGAAAGAGUACGAGUUCUGGGUGAAGAAUCGGCAGUCGUGGUACAAAGACGGCGACGGCGUGGAGCAGUUCCCGUACUACCAGUACAAGGCCAAACUGAAGGUGCCGCGGCCCGAGUCGUAUCGCGAGGACUUUGAGCUCGCCGAGCAUCUGGAGACCGAGGAAGAGAAGAUCCGGAUGUGGAGUGAGGUCGCGUCGGCCGCCGAGACCGGAUGGGACUUUUCGACGCGCUGGUUCUCGCAGACCGGAGAGGAGAAGCAUCGGAUGGACUCGAUUAGGUUGGGCACGAUUUUCAAUACUUUGCCGGCAAUUCUACCGAUUAUUAUAGGGGCACCGAAUAGAAAGGACGCUCUGUUCGCAAUCUGGCCGAAUUUCUAGUCCGCGAAGUAAUUUUCCACUGAAAACGUGGCCUAACUUUUCAAACUCGGCCCCGAGCUCACUCAAUUUGCACUGCAAAAAGAGUUUCUCAACAGAGCGCCAUUUCUGUUCGGUGCCCCUAUAAUACCGAUUCGGUUUUCUGGAAAUUUUACCGGAAAAUUGCCUAAGCAAAUGCGCUCUACCUACACUUGGGACGAAAAUGAAAAGUGUAAAGUGCUGAGUGAGCGAGUUUGCUUAGCGGAACGGUUAACAAUUACGGAAACUGGACCAGAAUUUGACCUAAGAUUCUAACCGCCUCUUUUCCAGAACAUGGAGUAUAAUCCCGGUCGAUUUGAAUGCGUUCAUGUGCGCAAACUCUCGAAUUCUGGCGAGUCUGUACGAGAUUGCGGGCGAUUUCAAAAAGGUGAAAGUGUACGAGCAGCGGUACACGUGGGCGAAGCGGGAAAUGAAAGAGCUGCACUGGAACGAGACGGACGGUAUCUGGUACGAUUACGACGUGGAACGGAAGACGCACUCGAACACCUAUUACGUAUCGAAUGCGGUCCCAUUGUACGCAAAGUGCUACGAUGACGACGACGUCGCGCCGUUCCGAGUUCAUGAUUAUCUGGAGGUAGAUACUUUUGCAAAAAUGCACAGAUUAUUCAAACGCUUUUAAAUUUCAGAGAGAAGGAGUUCUAAAGUUCAAAAAAGGACUGCCGACGUCUCUGGCGAUGCACAGUUCGCAGCAAUGGGACAGUGAGAACGCGUGGCCGCCGAUGAUCCACAUGGUGAUCGAGGGAUUCCGUACGACCGGCGACCUGAAGCUGAUGAAGGUGGCGGAGACGAUGGCGACGUCGUGGCUCAGGGGCACCUAUCAGUCGUUCAUCCGGACGCACGCAAUGUUCGAAAAGUACAACGUGACGCCGCACACCGAGGAGACGUCUGGGGGCGGCGGCGGCGAGUACGAGGUGCAGACGGGAUUCGGAUGGACGAACGGAGUGAUUCUCGAUCUGCUCGACAAGUACGGCGAUCAGUUCUCCGCGAGCCCGAACUCUUCCGCUUCGGCCGGCUCACUUAGUCUUAUUCUAGCAAGCAUUCUUUUGUACAUUUUGUCUUAA